CCACACGUUCUCUAGUCCUACCUCUAUAUAGUGGAGUGUUGUGCGGGGUGAGGGGUCGAUUCUGAUCUCGGUUUUGAAAUUUGUGUGAAAAACGUACAUUAGUGAUCCGAUCCAAGGAUGCGUACUGUCGGCAAGGUUUUGGCCGUCCUAUCGGUGGUUGCUCUGGUAGCGGCCGAAGUCUACUUCGAGGAAGGCUUCAAAGACGACUCGUGGGAAAAGAACUGGGUUCAGAGUGAACACAAAGGAGUCGAGUUCGGAAAAUUCGUCCUAACUGCCGGAAAGUUCUUCAACGACGAAGAAAACGACAAAGGUCUCCAAACCUCGCAGGAUGCCCGCUUCUACGCCAUGUCGGCCAAGUUCACGCCCUUCUCCAACAAGGACGACACCCUGGUGAUCCAGUUCUCCGUCAAGCACGAGCAGAACAUCGACUGCGGUGGCGGCUACCUGAAGGUCUUCGACUGCAGCAUCGACCAGAAGGAUCUGCACGGAGAAUCGCCGUACCUGGUGAUGUUCGGCCCGGACAUCUGCGGUCCCGGAACCAAGAAGGUGCACGUCAUCUUCAGCUACAAGGGCAAGAACCACCUGAUCAACAAGGACAUCCGCUGCAAGGAUGACGUCUACACUCACUUCUACACCCUGGUGGUGAAGUCGGACAACACCUACGAAGUGCUGAUCGACAACGAGAAGGUCGAAUCUGGCUCGCUGGAGGACGACUGGGAUUUCCUGCCCCCCAAGAAGAUCAAGGAUCCGGAAGCGAAGAAGCCGGAAGACUGGGACGACCGUGCCACCAUUGCCGAUCCGGAUGAUACCAAGCCAGAGGACUGGGACAAAUCGGAGCACAUUCCGGAUCCGGAUGCCACCAAGCCUGACGAUUGGGACGAUGAGAUGGACGGCGAAUGGGAACCACCAAUGAUCGACAACCCAGAGUACAAGGGCGAAUGGAAGGCGAAGCAGAUCGACAACCCGAACUACAAGGGAGUGUGGGUGCAUCCGGAAAUCGACAACCCAGAGUACGUCGAGGACAAGAACCUGUACCUGCGCGAGGAGGUUUGCACCGUCGGUCUGGACCUGUGGCAAGUCAAGUCCGGUACUAUCUUCGACAACUUCAUGAUCACCAACGAUGUCGAAGCGGCCCAGAAGGCUGCCGCCACCUUCAAGGAAACCCAGGAGGGCGAGAAAAAGGUGAAGGAGGGUCAGGAAGCCGAGGAACGCAAGAAGGCCGAAGAGGAAGCCAAGGCUGCCGAAGACGCCAAGGACGAUGAGGAUCUGGAUGAUGAGGAAGAUGACGAAAACACCGUCGCAGAAGCCACCGAGGUCGAAGACGACGGACACGACGAACUGUAAACUACAGUGGGGCAGGCCGAGAGCUUCUCUCUCUCUCUCAGGAUGUGCAUUUAGGACGUCAUCAUCUUAACUUAUUCAAUCUUUUCUCGCAUCCAAGCGUUGUUUAACAAUGACCUACUUUCGUCUACCUUCUAAAUUCGUUUGUUGUGCUACACAACGGUAAUGACUAUGUUCAAAUAGUCACCUGAAUUUUUGUUUUUUUUUUUUCGUUGUAAGACAAGUCAGCAACGGUUUUCUUUUGGUUAGCGUGCGACAAAAAAAAAGUAAAUUAUGACCAACAGACACACACACCUACACAAGAGAAUUGAGAGCAAAUUCGACCGUUUAGCUACAAAUGAAUAACUUGAUAAGUCUGAAUAAUAUCGUUUUAAAGAGAAAAUAAUGAGAGCUGUUUAAGCAAACAGGUCGCGCGAAUCUCCGCGUAUGAAGAGGAGGACAUAAACACACUACAUUUGUACUACAUUACUAACUGCUCUUUGUGAUUGCGACUGAAUGGAGAAAAUCAUGAUUUAUGGUGUAUGAUGAUGUGCGCGCGUGUAUAUAAGUUUUUUCUCUGUUUAAUUCAAAUUGAAUUACUUUUUAGAAGUAUAAGAAAAAGAGGAAAAAGCUGAAUAAAUUGGUUGAAAACUGAGAA